AUGGCUGAAGAAGAAGUUAAAUCAGCUCCUUUCUCCUUCCCAAAAGAAGAAGAAAAGGUUUUGGAUCAUUGGAAUGAAAUUGAUGCUUUCCAUACUUCAACAAAAAUUACUGAAGGUAAACCAGAAUUUUCAUUCUUUGAUGGUCCUCCAUUUGCUACAGGUACUCCUCAUUAUGGUCAUAUUUUAGCUUCCACUAUUAAAGAUAUCGUUCCAAGAUAUGCUACUAUGAAUGGUUAUCAUGUUGAAAGAAGAUUUGGUUGGGAUACUCAUGGUGUUCCAGUUGAACAUGAAAUUGAUAAGAAAUUAGGUAUUACUGGUAAACAAGAUGUUAUGGCUAUGGGUAUUGAUAAAUAUAAUGCUGAAUGUAGAGCCAUUGUUAUGCGUUAUGCUGAUGAAUGGAGAAAAACAAUUGGUCGUUUAGGUCGUUGGAUUGAUUUUGAUAAUGAUUAUAAAACUUUAUAUCCAGAAUUUAUGGAAUCUGUUUGGUGGGUUUUCAAACAAUUAUUUGAAAAAGAUCAAGUUUAUAGAGGUGUUAGAGUUAUGCCUUAUUCAACUGGGUUAACUACUCCAUUAGCUAAUUUUGAAGCUCAACAAAAUUAUAAAGAUGUUAAUGAUCCAUGUGUUACUGUUGGUUUCCCAUUAAAAGAUGAUUCAAAAACUUUCUUGGUUGCUUGGACUACUACUCCAUGGACUUUACCAUCAAAUAUUGCAUUAGCUGUUAAUCCAAAUCUUGAAUAUGUUAAAAUUUAUGAUGAAAAAGCUGAAAGAUAUUAUAUCUUGAUGGAAUCAUUAAUUAAAACUUUAUAUAAAAAACCUCAAAAUGAAAAAUAUAAAAUUGUGGAAAAAAUUCAAGGUAAAGAUUUAGUUGGUUUAAAAUAUGAACCAUUAUAUGAUUAUUUCUAUGAAAAAUUCGAAGAAACUGGAUUUAGAGUUAUUGGUGCUGAUUAUGUUUCUGCAGAUUCAGGUACUGGUAUUGUUCAUCAAUCUCCAGCUUUUGGUGAAGAAGAUUUUAACGCUGCCACUGCUAAUGGUGUUAUUGAUGAAUAUCACUUACCACCAAAUCCAGUUGAUGAUAAAGGUUGUUUCACUAAAGAAGUUACCGAUUUUGCAGGUAUUUAUGUUAAAGAUGCUGAUUCUAAAAUUAUUAAAGAUUUAACCAAUAAAGGUAAAUUAUUAUUAGCUUCUCAAAUUAGACAUAGUUAUCCAUUCUGUUGGAGAUCUGAUACUCCUUUAUUAUACAGAACUGUUCCUUCUUGGUUUGUUCGUAUUAAAGAACAAAUCCCAGAUAUGUUGAAUAAUGUUGAAAAAACUAAUUGGGUUCCAUCAACUAUUAAAGAGAAAAGAUUUUCAAAUUGGAUUGCUAAUGCUCGUGAUUGGAAUAUUUCAAGAAAUCGUUAUUGGGGUACUCCAAUCCCAUUAUGGGUUAGUGAUGAUUUUGAAGAAGUUGUCUGUGUUGGUUCAGUUGAAGAAUUGAAAAAAUUAUCAGGUAGAGAUGAUAUCACUGAUUUACAUCGUGAUAGUAUUGAUGAUAUUACUAUCCCAUCUCAGACUGGUAAAGGUGUCUUGAAAAGAGUUGAAGAAGUUUUCGAUUGCUGGUUUGAAUCAGGUUCUAUGCCUUAUGCACAAGGUCAUUAUCCAUUUGAAAAUAAAGAAAAUUUCAAAAAUAGAUUCCCAGCUAAUUUUAUUUCUGAAGGUUUAGAUCAAACUAGAGGUUGGUUUUAUACUUUAACAGUAUUAGGUACUCAUUUAUUCAACACUGCACCAUAUAAAAAUGUUAUUGUUAGUGGUAUUGUCUUGGCUUCAGAUGGUAAAAAAAUGUCUAAACGUUUAAAGAAUUAUCCAGAUCCAACUAUUGUUUUAGAUAAAUAUGGUGCUGAUGCUUUAAGAUUAUAUUUAAUCAAUUCACCUGUUUUACGUGCUGAAACUUUGAAAUUUAAAGAAGAAGGUGUUAAAGAAGUUGUUUCAAAAGUUUUAUUACCAUGGUGGAAUUCUGUUAAAUUCUUGGAAGGUUCAAUUGCAUUAUUGAAAAAAAAUGAAAAUGUUGAUUUUAAAUAUGAUGCUUCAUUAAAAUCUGAUAAUGUUAUGGAUAGAUGGGUUUUAGCUUCAUUACAAUCAUUAAUCAAAUUUAUUCAUGAAGAAAUGACUGGUUAUAGAUUAUAUACUGUUGUUCCAAGAUUAUUAGGAUUUAUUGAUGAAUUAACCAAUUGGUAUAUUAGAUUUAACCGUCGUCGUUUGAAAGGUGAAGUUUCAAUUGAUGAUACUCAAAAAUCAUUAAACACUUUAACUGAAGCUUUAUUUGGUUUAGAUCGUGCAAUGGGUCCAUUUACUCCAUUCUUAUCAGAAACUAUUUAUCAAAGAUUAAGUGGUUAUUUCAAAGAAGAAUUCUUAACUGAAUUAUCAUUAAAUAAAAAAGAUAUUAGAUCUGUUCAUUUCUUACAAUAUCCAACUGUUCGUGAAGAAUUAUUUGAUGAACGUAUUGAAACUGCUGUUUCACGUAUGCAAAAAGUUAUUGAUUUAGGUCGUAACAUUCGUGAAAAGAAGAUGAUUUCAUUGAAAACUCCAUUAAAACAAUUGGUUAUCUUACAUAGUGAUAAACAAUACUUGGCUGAUAUUGAAGCUUUGAAAGGUUAUAUCAUUGAAGAAUUAAACAUUCGUGAUUUAAUCAUUACUUCAGAUGAAAAGAAAUAUAAUGUUGAAUAUACCGCUGUUGCUGAUUGGCCAGUUUUAGGUAGAAAAUUGAAAAAAGAUGGUAAAAAAGUUAAAGAAGCUUUACCAAAAUUAACAUCUGAAGAAGUUGAAGGUUAUGCAGCUAAUGGUAAAAUUACUGUUGCAGGUAUUGAUUUAGUUGAAGGUGAUUUAACUGUUUUAAGAGGUUUACCAGAAGAUAAAGCUAAUGAAAAUCAAGAAGUUAGAACUGAUAAAGAUCAAGAUGUUUUAAUUAUUUUAGAUAUUGCAAUUUAUCCAGAAUUGAAAACUGAAGGUUUAGCUCGUGAAUUAGUUAAUCGUGUUCAAAGAUUACGUAAAAAAGGUGGAUUAGAAGCUACUGAUGAUGUUACAGUUCAAUAUAAAUUAAUCAAUGAUACUAUUGAUUUUGAAAAUGUUAUUUCAACUCAUAAAGAAAUGUUAACCAAGACUUUAAGAGGUGAACUUGAACCAUUUAAUGAUUCAACUAAAGAAGUUGUUGCUGAUGAAGAACAAGCAAUCAAUGACUGUACAUUUAACUUAAGAAUCUUAAGAAUCUAA